GCGAGGCGCGCGCGUGCGUACCACGGAGCCAUGCUCGCGUAGACACAAAGACAAGUCACCAUGCUCGUGCCUCCGGAGAUGAUGGCGGCCCAAUCCAAACUAGUCUACCAGAUGAACAAGUACUACAAUGAAAGGGUCGCCAACCGAAAGGCACAGAUCGCGAAAACUAUCCACGAGGUAUGCAGAAUAGUUCAGGAUGUCCUCAAAGAGGUCGAGCUACAGGAGCCGAGGUUUAUCUCGUCACUCACGGACUACAACGGCCGAUUUGACGGUUUGGAAGUCGUCUCGCCACAUGAAUUCGAAAUCGUCAUCUAUUUGAAUCAGAUGGGAGUCCUCAAUUUUGUUGACGAUGGAUCUUUGCCGGGGUGCGCCGUCCUCAAAUUGAGCGACGGCAGGAAACGUUCCAUGUCUCUCUGGGUGGAGUUCAUCACCGCAUCAGGCUACUUAUCAGCGCGGAAAAUCCGCUCGAGAUUCCAGACGUUGGUCGCGCAAGCUUGCGACAAGUGUUCCUAUAGGGAUUGUGUUAAAAUGAUCGCGGAGACCACGGAAGUGAAACUGCGGAUUCGAGAGCGGUAUAUCGUGCAAAUCACGCCGGCCUUCAAAUGCGCUGGUCUUUGGCCAAGAUCGGCCGCCCACUGGCCGCUACCUGCCAUACCCUGGCCGCAUCCCAACAUAGUUGCCGAAGUCAAAACAGAAGGUUUCGACUUGCUGUCGAAAGAAUGUUUAGCACUGCAAGGAAAAAAUUCUGCAAUGGAAGGCGACGCUUGGGUCUUAAGUUUCUUUGAGGCGGAAAAUCGUCUGCUCCAAGGCGGAUGCCGGAGAAAAUGUCUGAGUAUACUCAAGACGAUAAGGGACAGGCAUUUAGACCUUCCCGGCAAUCCGGUCACAUGCUAUCACAUGAAAACGUUGCUGCUCUAUGAGUGCGAGAAACAUCCUAGAGAACACGAAUGGGACGAGGCGGCAAUAGGAGACAGGAUCAAUGGGAUCUUCCUCCAACUGAUAUCAUCGCUUCAAUGUCGAAGAUGUCCGCAUUACUUCCUACCACAUGUGGACUUAUUCAAGGGGAAGUCACCGACGGCGCUGGAAAACGCCGCGAAACAAGUCUGGAGGCUGACGAGAGAAAUGCUGACCAAUUCGAGAGCAUUCGAAAAGUUGUGAACUCUUCUUCGCUUAUACGAACCUAGUAUCGUGCAGUGUAUUUGUAAUUUUAUAUUUAUCAUCGAGUCAUUUUAGUAGUUGUAGAAAAUGCAUUUCUUUGUGUGUUGAAUCAAAUAGGAAGUGUAUGCACGGAAACAAGUGACUUGUUUGUAUAAUUUUGUGAGUUCGAAAUUCCAAAAUUCCAAUUGGAGCGGACUGCCUGUAAGUAGAAGUGAUACUACUAAUAACUAGGGACUCUAUACGUUACUUUGUGAUAUAACUUGUAAAUAGCUUAUUGUUGUACAAUUUUAGUGAUAUAUUUAAUUUAAAAAUCUUGUAUU